AUGGUGCGCACCUUGCCGAAAAGGAACAACCCGCUCAUCCUCGCCGAUGAAGCUCCUGCUUGUAAUAUCGCUCGCACUUCACUUUAUCGACUCCAUCGAACCUCAGGUCGCACGAGACUGACACGCACCUUGCUUCGUGCUUGGGCGACAGAUGAAGAACUUCUUGCGCGCCGUCGCUUGGGAAAGACGAACCUCGCGGUAAAGCCCACCCAAAUCGGUACCUCCAAUGCGACCAAACCAGAGAACCUCGGCCCUUUUGAAUACGCCCAUUUGCGUGCCCCUUUGCCAAGUGACCUCAAAGGAUCUGAAAUCUUCCCCUCACAUGCCCCGCAACAACAUCCUGAGACGUAUUUCUUGAUGCGCCGUAGCAGAGACGGAUACGUUAGUGCCACUGGCAUGUUCAAGAUCGCCUUCCCUUGGGCUAAGCUUGACGAAGAACGAUCUGAGCGGGAAUACUUGAAAGCCCGGCCUGAAACCAGCGAAGACGAGAUCGCCGGCAACGUCUGGAUCUCCCCUGUACUCGCCCUUGAGCUCGCCAAGGAGUAUCAGAUGUACGACUGGGUCCGGGCCUUGCUUGACCCCACCGAUAUCAUCCAGAGCCCUUCAUCUGCAAAGAAGCAAAUCACCCCUCCUCCCAGGUUCGACUUGCCUCCCAUCGAGGCCCCUACCCUUCUCGCCUCUACGACCCGUCUCAGACGAGGACGCUCGGCUUCGCCCAGCAAGAGACCUACCUCUCCCCGUAAGCCUAGACAGACUAGAGCCAUGAAGGAGGCAAACGCGGCCGCCACCAGUGCAGCAAAUGCUACUCUACAGUCUUCUCUCGACUUGACCGCAUCGACGGUGGAAAGCGAGUCGGUGAUCAGAGCCAUCCAGCCCAGUGUGGAGGUUGACAGCGACCAGAAGCCGGCUCCUACCCCGAGAAAGACCAAGACGCCUAAGCCGAUGAGGAUGCGUCAUGUCCCUCCUGCGGACGAGGUUGAAGAAGAGCACAAGGAGGAAGAGAAGGAACAGACGGUGAAGGUUGAUGUUGAGACUACCGCCAACACGGUCGAUGAUGUCAAGACUACCCAGACUACUGUCUCCGUGGAGCUGCCGGUCUCUCUUCCUGAGGCACCUUCCGCAGCUGAUACCGAGCAAAUGAUCGCGAAGGCGAAGGAGAUGGUGGAGGAAGCCGUCAAGCUUCAGACCGAGACUGCCGAGCCAUCGUCAGCCAAGGCGGCUUUGAAACGCAAGACUGAUGCGCUCAGUGAAGAUGAGGAUGAGGAGGAUGAGGAAGCUCGUACUCUCCGGACGAAGCGCGCCAAAGUCCUGGAGGAAAAGCUCAAGCAGGAGCGCGUUCGGAACCGUGCUCUUGUUGGUGUUACCGCUGCCUUUGCUCUUGCGUUGGUCCCCCCCAUCUACUUCCCUUUCCCUCCUUUCAGCAUACUAAUUGGUUGUGCAGCGCUUCGAUUCCUUACUUCUUCAUCUAAAGAAUUUAAUCAAGUCCUCAAUCACGAGUGGAGCGAAAAAGCAAGAGAUCGCUCGUGA